UUGUUAUUAUGGAUGAAUCUUUCUUCCAUUUGUAUUCCGUAACCAGCUUGUGCUGGUUAUAUGUCACUGAACAGAACCCCCACACCCUUUCAAAUAGAUGGAAUUCUUUUAACUGGGGAAAUGCUUUUCUAAUGCCAUUAGAGACAAUGUUUAACAGGCGUCUUCGUUCCUUUAAGCCUGCGCUCAGGAAGGGUAUGGUCAUUUAUUUACUCUAUAAUGUGAAUUUAAGUAGCUGUGUUCUCCGUCCAAGUGUGUGCAUGGAGGGCUUGUAAAGACAUAGGAAUUUGUGUUCCGUAAUUUUCAUGCUAACUGUAUUUUCCUGGAUUCUGUUUCUUUGAGAAUUGUAGAGGUGCUGUCUCUGGAGGGCUCACAUGGCAGUGUUGCCUGCAUGGCGUGUUGCCUGGAGUGUCCUAGGCCCGGCCAGGCUGGUGGACAAACUGGCUGUCAGUCCGGAGAGUGGGCUCGCCUGGCCAUGGACUCUCUUCUCUGCUUUGCUCCUUGGCCCUGAGGCCUGGGUGGGCACUGCGGGUGUUGAGAAGCCCGCCAGCUGGGGAGCCCCAGAUAGCCCCAAAUGGAAACAUUCAAAUGGAAAAUGUGCCGUUGAUCCCCACGCAGGUCAGUCCUAUGAAAUCCGACUGCUGGAGAACCGGAAGCUGGGAGACUUUCAAGAUCUGAACACAAAGUAUGUCAAGAGCAUCAUCCGCGUGGUUUUCCAUGACCGCCGGCUGCAGUACACCGAGCACCAGCAGCUGGAGGGCUGGCGGUGGAGCCGGCCCGGAGACCGGAUCCUGGACAUUGAUAUUCCACUGUCUGUUGGUAUCUUGGACCCCAGGGCCAGCCCGACCCAGCUUAACGCAGUGGAAUUUUUGUGGGACCCUGCCAAGAGAGCGUCUGCGUUCAUUCAGGUGCACUGCAUCAGCACGGAAUUCACCCCCAGGAAGCAUGGGGGCGAGAAGGGCGUGCCUUUCCGCGUGCAGAUCGACACGUUUAAGCAGAACGAGAAUGGAGAGUACACGGAGCACUUGCACUCGGCCAGCUGCCAGAUCAAGGUGUUCAAGCCAAAGGGAGCCGACCGGAAACAGAAGACCGACCGCGAGAAGAUGGAGAAAAGAACAGCCCAGGAAAAGGAGAAAUACCAGCCGUCCUACGAAACCACCAUCCUCACAGAGUGCUCUCCGUGGCCCGACAUGGCCUACCAGGUGAACAGCGCCCCGUCCCCCAGCUACAAUGGCUCUCCAAACAGCUUCAGCCUCGGGGAAGGCAACAACUCCCCGACCCACCCGGUGGAGGCCCUGCCUGUGGGCAGUGACCACCUGCUCCCGUCCGCCUCCAUCCAGGACGCCCAGCAGUGGCUGCACCGCAACAGGUUCUCGCAGUUCUGCCGUCUCUUCGCCAGCUUCUCCGGUGCUGACUUGCUGAAGAUGUCCCGAGAUGACCUGGUGCAGGUCUGUGGUCCUGCAGAUGGGAUCCGGCUCUUCAAUGCCAUCAAAGGCAGGAACGUGAGGCCAAAGAUGACCAUUUACGUGUGCCAGGAGCUGGAGCAGAACCGAGUGCCGCUGCAGCAGAAGCGGGAGGGCAGCGGGGACAGCGGCCUGUGUGUGUACCACGCCAUCUUCCUGGAGGAGCUGACCACCUUGGAGCUGAUCGAGAAGAUCGCCAACCUGUACAGCAUCUCCCCCCAGCACAUCCAGCGAGUGUACCGGCAGGGCCCCACGGGCAUCCACGUGGUGGUGAGCAACGAGAUGGUGCAGAAUUUCCAAGACGAAUCUUGUUUUGUCCUCAGCACAUUAAAAGCCGAGAGCAACGACGGCUACCACAUCGUCCUGAAAUGUGGACUCUGAGCAGUAGUAGGACCUGCAUCUGCCACCAACUCCCAGCCCCACGGACCCGCUUCGACGUAGAAAUUGCCCCACUGUCAGCCGGAGCCUCAGCAGGCGAGCCGAGCUAGGAGGGACCCUGUCCAGUCUGUGACGGAUACAGACUGUCAGCCAGCAGAAGCCUGCGGACAGAGACGGGGUGCAGGAAGCCAGUGCCUGUUCUCUCUUUCCCCUGGCCUUCAGCUUUGGAGUGCUUCCUUGUUCUUUUUGUUGGUCCAACCCUGAUAUUCUAAAGAGGGCAAACAGUGGGGGCAUCAUCUCUGAACCCCCUCGCCCCUUAGUUGGAGGCUCCUUGGGCAUCUUGGUGCCCCCUGAAUUGGUCCCUGCCUGCCUCUGUCCUGCCUACUGAGAAAGCUCUGUCUCACCCUGCACCUGCACCUGCGUCUCUGGCAGGUGGCUCCACGUCCCGCACUGCUGGCUCCGCAGGAGCAGUUUGCCCUCAUUCUCCUGCUUUCAUGGAGCCUGCCUUCUCAGGGACCUUGGUGAACAUCCCUCCUUCCUGUUCCCGGAUGACUUGAUAGUAGUGGGGGUAUUCUGUGCCUUACACCUCUUUCGCCUUUACCUUGUUUCUGAGGCUCUGCUGCAAAGCCCGAAGAUGCACUUGUGUCUCUGCAUUGGCACGGUGGCCGCACAGCAGACGUGUGCCUUUCUCCUAGAUGCUAAUUCUGAGGCCCUUGUGGGGGUUGGGGGUGGGAACAGAAAAAGAUGAUUUUCAGGCACAUUCUCAUGAGUAGAAGAGGGAUGAGAACAAAAUGAUUCCUCUUGAGUGACCUCCCUGGGCAAUCAUGGGUGAGGACGACUAGGAAAUGAGCAUGCCAUUGUAUCUUCAGGUGACCUUGACCAUUAUAAUACCAAGAGCAGACCUUGGUUAACCACUGCUGAAUUUGCCAAGUUUUCUAGGAACAUUGUAUUUUCUGUGAGAGCCCCUCAUGUACAUUUUUAUCUUUUUUCAUUUGUAGGGGUUAUGUUUAGGGUACCUGUAUGGAAAUGGUUGGAUCACCUUUCUUAAUGGCCUAGCUAUGGGAAAUUUAAGUAUCAGUAACUGGCAGACAAAGAAAUUAGUCUUUGUUAUGCUCUGGUUCCUGGGACCGGGUGGUCUCCACUGGCCCAGGGCUGCAGCUCUUUGUUAAUUUGGGUUAAUCUACCAAACCAUGGCGAACCCUAUGACUACCUGAAUAGGAUUUCACAGCUUCUCAAUGAAGCUUUUGUGGAAUGUAGUGCUAGUCUCAAAGCUUGUUAGAAUCGGAUAAACCUUGCUUUGUAGACAGGCAAACUGGGGCCCAGAGGUGCAAAGUCACCUGCAUGAUACCAUGUGGUGAUAGAGUAACCAUACAGAUUUAUCAUAUAAACUGGACACUUCUGAGAGUGGAAGGGGCGCUGUUAGGAUAAUAGCCAUGGUGUUCCUACAGAGUGAAGAUAGGCUCUUGAUUCAUUUUCCUUUUUCAAUGGGGUGGAGAGGGUGGGUUGAUCAACAGCUUUAUUGAGAUAUAAUUCACAUAGCAUCCAAUUUACUCAGUGUACAAUUCUAUGGUUUUUAGAAUUGAUUGUGAUCCACAGAAUCACAAUCAAUUCACAGAAUUGUCAAUUUAGAACAUUUUAAUCACUCUCAAAAGAAACUCUGUGCCCUUUGGCUGUCAGUCCCCCCUUCCCCCAACCCUCUCCCCUAGUCUCCAAGGCAAGCAAGAGUCUACUUUCUAUGUAACAUUGACCUAUUCUAGGCAUUUCAUAUAUAUGGAAUCAUAUGAUAUAGCCUUUUGUCACUGUCUUCUUUUACUUGGUGUGAUGUUUCUAGGGCCAUUCGGGUUGAGCGUGUGUCAGCACUCAAUUCCUUUUAUUGCUGAAUAGUACCUCACUGUAGGGAUGUACCACAUUCAUUAUCUGUUCAUCAGUUGAUGGACAUUUGGGUUGUUUCUGCUUUUUGGCCAUUAUGAAUAAUGCUGCUAUGAACAUAUUUGUACAAGUUUUUAUAUGGACAUGUUGUAGUUUCUUUUGGGAAUAUACAUAGGAGUGGAAUUGCUAGGUCAUGUAGUGACUAUAUUUAACUUUUUGAGAAACUGCCAAACUUUUUCACAGCAGCUGCACCAUUUAAUGUUCUCAUUAGCAGUGUAUGAGGGUUUCAAUUUCUCUACGUCCUCGCCAACACUUGCCCUUACCUGUCUUUUUGCAUCCUAGUGGGUAUGAAGUGGUAUCUCGUUAUGGUUUUAAUUUUCAUUUCCCUAAUGGCAAGUGAUGUUGAGCAUCU